AUGUUUUCUUUCGGUAAAACAGUGCGCAACAUAGCUUCCAACGGCUUCCAGCAUAACCCUCCUGUAACAAUAAGAAUAAAUAAUCGAACUUUCCGUACAAACUUAAUCUUUGCUGCAUCUUUGAGUAACAAAAUAGAAGAACUGGUCAGACUAGAUGCCACAAUAACAUUUUUCGAAUUUUAUUGUUUUAUUCAAGACCCAAAUACUUACGAUGUUCUUAAAUCCAUAUUUAAUGGUUCUCCAAAUCAAAUUCCAAUGAAAGAUCAAGUAGUUCAAGAUAUUUUUGUAGUCGGCAAAGAAAUGAAAUGCGAUGACAUGAUUUCAUUAUUUGUUGAGAGAUGUAACCUACAAACAAUUGAUAUGUCAAACCUUGAUGAUCACAUUUUAUAUUCCAAAUAUUUAGGAUAUUCUCCUCAGUUUGUUGAAUUUGUUGCAAGUAAUAUACCCAGAUUUUCCUUACUUUUACCACUCCCAUGUAAUUUCUGGGGAAAAAGAUAA